AUGAAUGAAUACAUGUACCCCACAGACAACAAGAUGCUCUUGUACCAGCACAACAAUAACCAAUUUCCCACAUCACCUUCAAGCAACAACACUACCUCACCACAACAACAAAAUCCAUUACUCUUUCAACAAUUCAAUACGGCAUCCUCUGAUAUGACGUUGCUUUCAGACAACUGGAGCGGGAUGAAUGUGAUGACCACCAACCCAGUCUCAUGCAACCUUCAGGAUGUGCUCUUGUACUAUCGUUCACAGCCUGAACUAUUACGCCUUAUAUUAAUGAGCAAAGUGGAGGAGGAUAAACGAAGGACAGAGGAAGCCCGGCUACGAGCUAAGGAGUUAGAUGUCUUAUUACUCCAAGAACAACAACAGCUGAUGACAAUGGCGUCGGCAGCUGGUAUUGGUAGUGCUGGUUUCGAUGGUACCACAACCAAUGCCUCGGGUCACCUACCAGACCAGCAACAAUAUCGAGAAGCUUCUCCACCUUGUCAUCCUUAUGAUAUAACACCCCAAGAGCAACAACAACAACAACCAUCAUUGGACGAUUAUGCACAGCGUUCUUUUUCUUCUCCCAGCAACUCAUCAUCAACCGCAUCCACACCAAGCACAUCAUUAAUGUCUGUAGCAGCAGCAGGAUAUCCCCCAACACCAGGGAAAUGUGAACCAGUGAACACAUUAUCACCAACAGAUUCCUUUCCUCAGCCAUCAUCACCACCAUCAUCCACCUCUGUAACAACACAACAGCAACCUCCUCCUUCUCAACAACACCAACGACCCAUUCGACGUCGACGUGAGAUGCAAGCGAUUACCAAAAUUGUCGAGACCCGUGAGUAUCCUUAUGUGGAUGGCUUCUUUUGGAAGAACAAUGGGAAUACGGUACAGAAAAAGACAGGGAACAAGAGUAUCUAUUACAAGUGCUCAAACAGUGGCAAGGGAUGUCCUGUGAAUAAGACAGUGUCAUGGAAGGAAAAUGGCGAAUUCCUAAUCAAGUAUCGUGGAGAACAUCUACCCGACUGUGGCAAGGUCCAAAGGAUUGUAGAUGUAUGA